GGCAAUGCGGGCCAAGGAACAAACAACAACUGCAGCCACUACAACCACUAUAAUGACUACUACAGAGCCGCUGGCUACAAACAGCAGUGCCAAGAAGGCGGCAGUUAUAGUGGUGAUGGUUAUGGGAACGAUUCUCGUGAUAACCUCAAUCUUGUCAGGAGUUGGAAUUUACCUGUAUGUGAAACUGAAGAGAAAAGUUGAAUCUGGGGAUGUAGAAAACCCAGCAGUAAGCACCCCAGUAGCACAGUCUCAGAGUAAACCUAGUCUUGAAAUCGAGAAUGAAACCUUAGUUAAUGCUGAAGAGGAGACUGGUGAAGAAGAGGAAACUGAUAAAGAGGAAACUAAUGAAGAAGAGGAGAAUGAAGAAGAGGAAACUGAUAAAGAGGAAACUAAUGAAGAAGAGGAAAUUGAAGAAGAGGAAAUUGAAGAAGAGGAAAUUGAAGAAGAGAGUAAAACAUAAUCUCUUAGAAAGGAAGAUUUGUGGGCA